UAGUGAGGAUACAGAAACGUUCACAUGGUUAUUUCAGACUUGGUUGACUUGUAUGGAUGGUAAAGCUCCCAAGGCUAUUAUCACAGAUCAAGAUCGAGCCAUGAAAAAUGCUAUUAGUCUCGUCUUUCCAAACGCCCGACACAGAUUUUGCUUAUGGCACAUAUUGAAGAAAUUGCCAGAGAAGCUAGGUUCACAUGGUGCAUACAAAACUGGUUUGAAAAGCCAGUUGCAAAACUGUGUGUAUGACUCUCACACGAUAGAGGAGUUUGAGGGCUCUUGGCAAGUGUUGAUUACGAAGUAUAACUUGCAGGAGAAUGCGUGGUUGAAGAGUUUAUACGCUGAGCGUACGUAUUGGGCACCAGUGUUCAUGAAAGAAGUUUUUUGGGCUGGAAUGAGUACAACCCAACGAAGCGAAAGCAUGAAUGCAUUUUUUGACGGGUAUGUUCAUGCUAAGACAAACUUAAAAGAGUUUGUCGAUCAGUUUGAUAAUGCAUUGAGGAAGAAGAUUGAGACUGAAAGUGAGGCAGACUUCCAGUCAUUCAACGUCACAAUUCCCGUUGUCUCUCCCUCUCCACUUGAGAAGAUUUUUCAAGAGAUAUACACUUGCAAUAAAUUUAGAGAAGUUCAGAAAGAAGUUAUAGGAAUGCUUGCAACUCUUCCAGCUCUACACCAGAAGGAUGGUGUAAUUGCAACGUACCAUGUAGAAUGUGAAGUGAAUGCCGAUGAAUUCAUGAAGGAGGUGACUCACACAGUGUACUUUAAUGAGGCCGAAUGUGAAGUGAAGUGUUAAUGUGCCUUGUUUGAGAUGAGAGGGAUAUUGUGUAGACAUGUAUUAGGCAUUAUGAGAGUUAACAAAGUCCGUUCGGUUCCUGAAAAGUACAUACUAGAUCGAUGGAGGAAAGACAUAAAAAGGACAUACACUCUUAUACCUUCUUCUUAUGACUUAGUUGAUCAGAGGCCUGAAGUUAGCAGAUAUUCACGUAUCAUCAGGAAAUGUUACGAAGUAGCCACAAAUGCAUCGUCAUGUGAUGAGCACACUGAGGAUAUGCUAGCUAAACUAGAUGCAAUGAACUUAGGCUACCGCACCAACUUGCCGCCCUCGAAGGUUGUAGUGAUUCAUGCCGACUUAACCACAGAAGCGAGUUCUAAGAAAGUGCUGAGUCCUCAUGUAGUCAGAGGAAAAGGUAGACCUCCAUCUCUUAGAAAGAAAUCAAUGAUUGAGAAAGUGAAACCCACGACGAAGAAGGCUAGUCGUGGAGGAAAGCGUAAACAGCCACAUGGAAUAGAAGGCGAAGUUGUUGGAACGUGCAGGAAUUUAUUUGGCCAAACAGUUGUUGGAACACAACAAACUGUCCCAGUUGAGCCAAUACAAAACACUACCGAAGUGUUAAAUGUUAGUGCCACCGAGUUUGGCUUUGCAGUGAAUGAGACUCAAGAAAGUAUCUUGCUUGGGAUGGAUGGAACCCAACCGGGUAGCUUGCGUGAGACACAACCGUCACAAUGAGCCACUUUAUGGGGAAGAGUACUGUACAGCAGAACGAAGGGGAGUCAACCCAAAUCUGACCACCAUAUAAUGAUGUAUUGCAACAUUAGUUUUGAAGGAUAAGGGCUAAGCUACGCAGAUGGUGAUGGUGUAUUUUUUUUUAUGGGUUGUGUAUAAUUACAUUAGUGGAGGUGUUGUAAUUAUUUUUUGCUGGUUGGAAGUACGCAUGUAAUGAUUUUUUGAUGGGUAGUGUAUAGCAACAUUAGUGAAGUUGUUGUAAUUAUUACUUGAUGUUGGAAGUAGGCAUGUUAUGAUUUUUCAUUUGGGUAGUGUAUAGCAACAUUAGUGAAGUUGUUGUAAGCCUCUCUUGAUGUUGGAAGUAGGCAUGUAAUGAUUUUUUGAUGGGUUGUGUAUAGCAACAUUAGUGACGUUGUUGUAAUUACUACUUGAUGUUGGAAGUAGGCAUGUAAUGAUUUUUUGA